GCAAAAGAGAAUAGACGUCUAACACAUGGCGGUUCUUAUAUUCCCAGUUCCCGCUCUCUAGAUACUCAUCACAACCUUCUGCUGAGAUUAAUUUCUCAAAAACAAACAAGGAGAUUAAGUAAAACCAUAAGUUUGAGAAAUGAAAUUCAAAAAGCAUUUGUUUCUGGUCUUCCUGAUCGUAGUUCUGAUAAUCUGCUUGAAGAAUCAGAACGCCGAAACCAACAGGAAUCCUUCUUCAUUUUCUGCGAAUUUCGAGACGUUGAAGUCUUCGCAAGCUGGUAAAGAGUCGUUUCCAACUUCUCCAUUCACAUUCACAGACAACAAGAUUGAAGUUCAUGUGCUUCAGGAGAGUCUCAGAUACGAUUUCUACGGCGAAACGUGCCCUCAGGCGGAGUACAUUGUUCGAUCCACCGUACGGAGCCUCUACAGCACUCGUCCUAGCAUCGCUCCUCAACUUUUGAGGCUUGUUUUCCAUGACUGCUUUGUUCAGGGCUGUGAUGCCUCGGUUCUACUAGACCCAGCUAAUGGAAUUGAAAGUGAGAAGGAAGCAACUCCCAAUUUGCUUUUAAAGGGUGAUGAUGUGAUUGAUAUCAUCAAAUCCGAGCUUGAAGAGACCUGCCCAGGAGUUGUUUCUUGUGCAGAUAUUAUUGUUCUGGCUGCAAGAGAGAGUGUUAUUCUGGUUGGUGGUCCAUUCUACCCAUUGACAACUGGAAGAAAGGAUAGUCUCAUUGCUUACCUUCAAAUUGCUAAUCAACUCCCAGCACCUACAGAUGACCUUCCCAAGAUACUUAACAAGUUCUCAUCAAAAGGUUUCAAAGAAUGGGAAGUGGUCAGUCUAUUAGGGAGCCACAGCACAGGUGUGAUCCAUUGUCACUUCUUUAGCGACCGUCUUGGAGGAGCUAAAGACCCUGACCCUUCUCUAAAUACCGAAUUCCUCAACCAUUUAAGGUCGAAAUGCAACAUUAGCCAAACAGCACCCUCACCAGCACAAGAGGAGCCAGUAAUCAAGAUGGACUACAAGGGACCUGGAAAUGGUUUUGGUACAAUAUACUACCAAAGCCUUCUACAGAGCAAAGGGAUACUCUUCUCCGAUCAGCAAUUGACGGAAUCUGAAGAAACUGCAGAAUGGGUUGAAGCAUUUGCUUCGGACGCUAAAUUGUUCCGCCUGAAGUUUUGCCGUUCAAUGAUGAAGCUUUCCACUCUUGGAGUCUUGAAUGCAACUCAGGGUAAGGUUCGCCUGAAUUGCAGAAGGGUUGCUUGAAGAUGCUGGAUAAGAAGUUUGGUUCUUCUUCCUUUGAGUUGGUAUCAAAUACUUUGAUUACCUUCCUAUCUUCCUUUGAGUUGGUAUUAAAUACAUUCCUACUUGUUGAUAAUUUUAUACAUAAAAUGUCCACACUGUUCCCUCACCAUUUCUUGUUCUCUCCAUUUACGUUCAAGGCAUAGAUGUAACCAUGUAACGUGAUAAACUCAUUCAGAUGUAUACUUGCAUUAUGGAACAAUACAAAAAAUAGACGUUCACACCCUCAAAAAAAAUGUUCACUGCC